GGCCUGUGUCAACAGCGGAUCACUGGUGGGAAUCACCAAACUUCACGUAGUUGAGCUCGCCGAUGGUUUGAUCGUCAAGAUCCAGUCUGGGUUCCGUGUACAUGAAGUGGGAUGGUCACUUCUCGCAGAGUUGGAUGACCAACAGACAAGGAUGCUACUUGUCCCCCCGUGCGACAGUUCUCUUGCCUCCUCAGUGCUUGAUCUCUUAGGCUCAUGUGGUCGGGGGGCACUAGGGUCUGUCAAAAUUGUGGUUUCCAAUGCCCAGAAUGAAGAUUUACGCUGUGGAGCGCCGUUCUGUGAACGGAGAGGUACCUUGAAAGUUCCCAUCAGCGCGCGACAAUUACCGCAGAAGGGAAGUGUUUAUCUGUUGAAUCGAGGAGACACAAAAGGGCUGUCGACGGAACCAGGAACCUCUAAGUGGCUCACAAGCUUGGUAAUCCAGGGUGGACUGAUAGGUGGCUGCAAAGCGAAUCAACAACAUCCGGUGUUAUACAGUGAGCCUAUUAUCGGAACCAUGGAGGCAGCGGAAUCUCCGACAACGUGGAGGUUCCAAACAAGCACAAAGGAAAAUACAGAACCUGUCUCGUCGGCUUCUGCCAGCAGCCCCGACCACCAUCCGCCACAGCGUAUGUCCUUGUCAGCCCGCCAAAUAGUCUCCGAGCAUAGAAGACCACUUCAGCUACAAGAGGCCAAAGAACUCUUUGACCUUAGCUUUAGGCCAGAAAAAGUGGAAGUUAAUAUCCAGAGUUCUCCUGAAAAUCGAGGAAAUACGAUUGAGCGAGACAACUCUAACGAAAGCCACCUACUUGUGAUUGAUACAACAACUCGCCAGCUAAGAAAGGUGCACAAGUCGGAGAAAUACGCUGCAGUCAGCUACACAUGGGCAGAAUACAGUGCCGAAGAAACCCAAAGUAUUGUGGAAACAGUACGGAGGAUCACCGGAGCCACAGCAAUAUGGAUGGACAAACUGUGCGUACCCAAACAAGAGCCCGAGAGGCAAAUGGUACUGAGCGCCAUGGGGGCAAUAUAUGGUGGCGCUACCCUCGUCGUAGUCAUGCUCACAAAGAUGCACUCCAGGCUCUUUGUCUCCAUCCGCGAUGAGCAUCAGAUCUUCGAUUGGGAAGAGGACAGACGAGCAAAUGCAAGUUUCCUGCAAGAAUAUCGCAAUAAGGGAUGGCGCACGAGGGUUUGGACUGCGCAGGAGAGCUUUCUGAGCCGCAAAGCUAUAGCAGUCACCGCCGAUGGCAUUACUUGGAUCAGCUAUCUUGAAGCACUACUGGCAAAUGAUGUCAUGGGAUGGGGGAAAGUGACUCAGGUUGGUCUUGCUUCAAACGAUUCUUGCACUGUUGUCUCAGCGCAGACACAUUUCACAGGCCCUCUAGCCUUUACCAACACUGUUCUAGCGGGUGGGGGACUUCAAGGGCCGAGGGGACGAGUCUGGAGCCUUGCAGAAGCUGUGACGGCCACUGCUGGCCGACAAUGUGCCAAAGAAGAGGACAGGAUCUACGGUAUCUUAGGUCUUCUAGGGCUAAAGGGCUUCCUUGUCGCUUGGGAAUACGGCAUCGGGUGGCAGGGUGCUCUUCUAAAGGUUGCCAAAGCCGUUGGAAUAAGUCCGAUCUGGCUCCUUGGGGGCUCUGGAUUCGAACCACCGUACCAGCGAUUCUCAUGGAUGCCGAGAAGCCUCGAAGAGCUGGAAAAGAGAGUAUCGGCAAAUGUGUUUCACGAGAGAUCGGAUCAAACAAGUCUCAAGGUCAAGGACUCCGGAGUGGAGUUGGAGCAUCCUAUCGCAGCCGGGGCAAUCACAGCCAUCUCCUUACAGGAGAGCGGAGUAGUUGAGUGUGUGGUGAGUGGAGGAUUACAGCAAGUGCUUCUUUAUAAUGCUAUCUCCAAGAAUGCUUACAGAGAUGUGAAUACUCUAAGGAAUGAUCUUGUAGGUCAGGAUCUAGUCCUGUUGCCAUUGAAGCAGGACCUACUCGCAGUGGGAGUGGUGGGGCGCAUCGAGAAUGAAGUAAUGCGCCGAAAACAAGGGUUCAAUUUCCAAUUGCCUACCGGCUGGGAGGAGUUAGCCUCUCACUAUCCUAAACUUAUCAUUGCUUAGUUAGCUGGAGUUGAAACCUGUAAAUAUCA